AUAGGGACUUCAUGUAACAAUUUAGAUACGCAAUUCAAUAAUAUUUUCUCCAAUAUUUCUCACAUGGUAUCAGAGCAAUUGUGCGAAAAAAAAAUUUAAAAAAUUAAUAUUUUUCGGUAACCUAGUUGUUGUCCGGAUAAUUAUUAUUUUUCGUCACUGUUUUCAUAAAAUUGACACCAACACUAGCUGCGGAAUUUCCCGACGAGCAAAGCCCAGUCAUCCCCACCGGAAACCAGUGCUACACGCGCCGCCGGUAGGAUUUUUGCCGGCGAAUUGUCAGACCCACGCGCCGGCGCGUGUGACUUUUUUCGGCCAGUUUUUUCGACAAUUUUUUUUCUAUUUGAGUCGCUUCUUCAUUCCGAGGCUGACUAUGUAAUUUUUUUUUCUGAUUUUGACCAGAUUCGAUCGCCGAAAUAAGGGUUCCGGCUAUUUUCAGGUUGUUUCCGGCAAAUUUUUUUUGAGAUUUGAGUUUUCUGACGAUCAAAUCUCAAUAAUCAAGAUUUUUUUGUUGAUCCCGAGACAAAUUUAGCAUAAUGUCUUUUGGAUGUGAUGUUUUUGGUUCUAGAAAUAUAGGGAUUGGAAAUUCUAGCCCUAUAAUCACUUCAGAACUUCUAUUGGGAAGUUCAAACUAUUUAUCUUGGGCUUCGUCAGUUGAAUUGUGGUGCAAGGGUCAAGGAAUGCACGAUCACUUAACGAACAAGACUUAUGUGGUAGAUGUAAAGGCGAAAACUAGUGAGGAAGAUGCAAAAGUCAAAGCACAUUGGGAGAAAGUAGAUGCUCAAUUAUGUAGUCUCCUAUGGCGUUUGAUUGAUUCCAGAUUGAUGCCCUUGUUUCGCCCAUUCCAAACGUGUUAUACAGUUUGGGAAAAGGUGCGUGCUUUAUACACUAAUGCUAUCUCUCGAUUCUAUGAUGUGAUAUCUCGAUUGACCAACUUGAAGAAACAAGAAUUCGAUAUGUCUACUUACUUGGGACAGGUACAGGCAGUCAUGGAGGAAUUCAACACGUUGAUGCCAGUAACUACGGAUGUGGAAAAACAACAAGAACAUAGACAAACAUUGUUGCUAGUUCUUACUCUUGCUGGACUUCCUCCUGAUAAUGAUUUUGUGCGUGAUCAGAUUUUAGCUAGCCCUACAGUUCCUACAAUCGAUGAACUAUUCUCUCGCCUCCUUCGUCUUGCGGCACCUCCUAGUCACAAAGUCGUUUCAUCACCCACUGUUGACUCCUCUAUUCUCGCAUCUCAAACCUUUGAAAAGCAUACAUAUCAGUCUACGGAGAAUCGACGAGGGGGAGGACGUUUUGGGAAACCUCGAUCCAAGUGUAGUCAUUGUCAUAAGUCUGGACACACUCGUGACAUAUGUCAUAUUUUGCAUGGUCCACCACCCAGUUAUGAUCCUCUUGUUCUAAAGGAAUAUAAUGAGUUCCUUCAAAAUCGCGCAAGUAAACAGUCAUCUCCACCAGUAGCAUAUGGUGCUCAACCUAAUCAACCAUCCAAUAAUGCUCAUAUUGCUCAGAUAGAAUAUGAUGAGUUCCUUCAGUAUCGUGUAAAUAAGCAAACGUCUCCACUAGUAGUUUCGGUUGCACAACCUGAUGUGUCUGUCACGGGUAAUUCUUUUGCUUGUGUGUCAUAAUCUAGUACUGUUGGAACAUGGGUCGUUGACUCUGGGGCUUAUGAUCAUAUUCUGGUAAUAAAUCACUUUUAUCCGAUAUUGUUUAUUCGCAAUCUCUUCCAGCUAUUACUUUAGCCAAUGGAAUCCAGACAAAACCAAAAGGGGUUGGAAAAGCCAAACCCCUAUCUUUUGUCACCCUAGACUCUGUUCUUUAUGUUCGUGGUUCUCCUUUUAAUCUAGCAUCUGUUAGUCGUUUGACGAAAUUCCUACAUUGUAGCAUAACUUUUUUCGAUGAUUUUUUUCUCAUACAGGACCGUCGUACGGGACAGAUGAUUGGAACAGUUAAUGAAUCACAAGCCUUUACUAUCUUACCUCUUCAAAUUCCUUGACAGCAUACUCCGUUACAGAUUCCCCAGAUCUAAUUCACAAACAUCUGGGACAUCCGAGUCUAUCCAAACUGCAAAAGAUGGUGCCUAGUUUGUCUAGUUUAUCUACAUUAGAUUGUGAGUCGUGUCAACUUGGGAAACACUCGUGCUACGUUUUCUCGUAGUACUGAGGGUCGUUCAGAGUCAAUUUUUUCAUUAGUUCAUUCUGAUAUUUAAGAUCCUAGUAGAGUCAGUUCCACCUUAGGAUUUCGUUAUUUUGUUAGUUUCAUUGAUGAUUAUUCAAGAUGUACUUGGGUUUUUUUAAUGAAAGAUCGUUCUGAGUUA